GUAUAAGUGACCAUCAUCUGAAAUGAAAAGCCCUAAUUAUUGUCUCUGCAGGCAGAUCUGAUUGAUAAUGGAUGCUUUAGAUUCAGUUUUCGAGCCAUUGAGAGAGUUCUCAAAGGACAGCUACCGUCUAGUCAAGAGAUGCCACAAGCCUGAUCGUAAAGAAUUCUCGAAGGUAGCGGUUCGUACGGCCAUCGGUUUCGUGGUGAUGGGAUUUGUAGGGUUUUUUGUUAAGCUAAUCUUCAUCCCUAUCAACAAUAUCAUUGUGGGAUCUGUGUAGAGGUCAUGCAAGUGUUAAGGAAUGCAUGGGCAUGGAGGAUGUGCAAAAUCGUUUAAAAAGUGAAGCAUGAUGUAUUGUAGGGAGCUUUUUUGGUUUUCUGUUCUAAUAGAAUGAGAUUUGUUAUUUGAUACUUUAAUGUUGAGAACUCAUCUUAGUUUUUACAUCUUGUGAUCGUUCUUUUCACAUGCGCUUGAAUGUGCCUCAUUGAAUGAUUGUAUGUACCACAUGCUUGAUGUCA